UUUGUGUACAUAUACAGCGAAAUGGCAGAAGCUAAUUUUUCUCAGGACCAGUUCAGCUGCUCAGUGUGUCUGGAUCUACUAAGGGAUCCAGUGACCAUUCCCUGUGGACACAGCUACUGUAUGCACUGUAUUACAGACUGGUGGAAACAGAAGAGAGUCUACAGAUGCCCUCAGUGCAGACACACCUUCACUUCAAGACCUGCUUUAUGUAAGAACGUCAUUAUUGCUGAGAUGGUGGAGAAAUUGAAAAUGACAAACUUACAAACAGCCGAACCUGGAGAUGUGGAGUGUGACGUCUGUACUGGGAGGAAAUACAAAGCCGUCAAGACCUGUAUGGAGUGUCUGAACUCUUACUGUCAAAGUCAUCUUGAACAACAUGAGAAUCUCUUCAAAGACAGGAGACACAAUCUGAUGGAUCCCACUAAACGACUCCAAGAGAUGAUCUGCCCAAAACACAGCAAACAGUUGGAAAUCUACUGUCGUACUGACCAGCAAUUCAUUUGUUAUCCGUGUUUGAUGGACGAACAUAAAAAACACAACGCAGUAACAGCUGAAGCAGAAAGGAUAGAGAAGCAAAGGCUUUUGGUAGAAACACAAAGAAAGUUCCAGCAGGGAAUUCAGGACAGACAGAAGCAGCUCCAGGAGCUGAGAGACGCUGUAAAGUCUCAUAAGCGCUCUGCACAGGCAACAGUGGGCGACACUGAGAGGAUCUUUACUCAGCUCAUCCGCUCCAUUGAAAGAAGCCGCUCUGAAGUGAUGCAGUUGAUCAGAGCUCAGGAAGAGUCUGCAGUGAGUCGAGCUGAAGGACUCUUGGAGCAACUAGAGCAGGAGAUUGAUGAUCUAAAGUGGAGAGAUGCUGAGAUGGAGCAGCUUUUACACACAGACAAUCACAUCCAUUUCCUGCAGAUGUUCCAGUACGUCGCUGCACCUCCUGAAACAACAGACUUAUGCAGCAUCGCUGUCAGUUCUCUCCUCUCUUUUCGUGAUCUGGCAAAUUCAAUCUGUCAAAUGAAGGAAAAACUAGAGGGUUUCUGUAAAGAAAUAGAAAAGAUCUCUGAUAGAGUAACAUACAUUGAAACAACUCCCACUAAUGAGCCCAGGACUAGGGAACAGUUCCUUCAGUAUUCCUGCCAGUUCACGUUGGAUUCAAACACAGUGAAUCAUUCUCUCUGUCUGUCUGAAGAAAACAGAGUAGCUACUUAUACUGAUAAACCCCAGCAUUACCCUGCUCAUCCAGACAGAUUUGAAGAUUGUGUGCAGGUGUUGUGUAGAGAGAGUGUGUGUGGACGCUGUUAUUGGGAGGUUGAGUGGAGUGGGGCUGAUGGUGUGUUUAUAGCAGUGUCAUAUAAGAGCAUUGGCAGGAAUGGAUUGUUUAAUGAGUGUAUAUUUGGAUGGAAUAAUAAGUCCUGUGGUUUGUACUGCUGUCCUUCUAGAUAUUCAUUAAUGCAAAAUAACAUAAAGACCAAAAUUCCUGUAACCUCCCGAUCCUCUAGAAUAGGAGUGUAUGUGGAUCACAGUGCAGGAACUCUGUCCUUUUACAGCGUCUCUGACACAAUGAGCCUCAUCCACAGAAUCCAGACCACAUUUACUGAGCCUGUCUAUCCAGGGUUUGGAUUUGAUAUUGGAUCAUCAGUGAAACUGUGUCAUGUAACAAUGUAGAUUAUGGAUUUUUCAAAUGUUACAGAAAUAAAUGAUCUUUGAGAGUCCCCAUUA